CUGUACGCUGCUAAGAGAGUCCAAAGCAAUGGGUUGUUAACUUCAUCUGAUUGGCCUGAGACUGAGUUGAAUUUGUUUAAACACGCCUCCUCUUCCUGUUUAGCUCCAGUUUAUUAACUCAGUCGGCCAUAGAGAGACUACCUCCUUUAGCUCCAUUGCUUUCGACUCUUUUACCAGCACUCAGAACUUCAACAAAAUUACAAAAAAAUUCUAAAAAAAGUUUUAAAGUGCCCAAUUUUUUUCUCUUCAUUGCUGGGAACCGGAGCGGCAGGGAAAGAGGCUCGUGCUUUGCGCGCAGCCCAGCGCCGCACAGCUGAGCCGCCCGAAGGCCGGCGGCCAUUUUUUCUUCAAUCCAAGCCCCUCAAGCCUCGUGGGAUCGCCGGAUUGAGGAACGGACAUCGCUGGACCUCAUCAAACUGAUUCUCAGAUCAGGGCCACUAUAUUAUUUGGGCAUAUAUUCCAAGGCCUCUGAUAACCACUAGGCCUCAUUUCCAAGAUGGCGGAUCGCAGCAGAUCUCCUUCCCGGGCUUCUGCCUCGCCCUCCCCAGGACACCUUACUAACGUGGCUCCUCCCCCUCACAAGAGCAGAUCCAAAUCAAAGGCCUCUGCCACCAAAUCCAAGUCUUCUACUUCUCUCCAAACCUCUGCUGCUGCAGAGAGAGAUGCCUCCAGAAGACAACGGGCCUUGGAUAGGCAAUUUGAUAAAGCAAAACUAAAAUUAGCUGAGGAAGGCAGGGAAACUUCUGUUCCACUGAUUGAAGAUUCUCCUCUAUUAAAUCAGCCUGGAUGGUCUCCCACUAUCCCUAGUAGUUCAGGAGGAAACCAGGAAACAAUUUGUUCAGUUUUUGGAGAUUCUUCUAGAGCCAUGCCUGAGCCUCCACAUCAGGCACCUUCUGCCACCUUCACUCCCACAGCAGUGGCAGUCUCCCAUAGAGAGGACAGUAAUCCUGCCAUUUCUCAGGAUAUAUGUCAUCUUAUUAUGCAAACCAUUUCUCAAGGCAUUGACGAUGCUUUCACUCAGAGAGGUUUCCCAGCUCCAUCCCCUUCGGGCAGUUCUGACCAAAGACCCCAUUCUGAGAGCCACCCUCCCAGACCUUGCGCACGGCGCACACGAUCUCCAACCCCUUCACAUCAUAGUGAGGACUCCUUUUUGGGGGAGGAAGAUAUAGCAGAGUAUAAUCUGUCUGAGGACGAAGAGUCUGCCCCAGACAAGCCUGCUCCUACCGGCCUUUUUCGCCAUGAACUUUUCUACACAUUGCUACACAAGGCGAAAGUUACGGCCAACAUGGGGGUUGCCUUACGCCAAUCUGAGGGAGAUUCAGAUCCGUCAGACCCCAACAAAUUCCUUUUUACUGAACCAGUCUCAGAGCAACGGACAAAUGCAGGAGAGGGUUCCUCACGAUGA